CUCGCGCGCCGCCAUGGAGUCCCUCUCGCAGCAGCUGGAGCGCUUCUCAGAGGUGCUGGCCGUCUCCCGCACCACCCACGUCCGCAGCUGGGACGCCGCGACCGUGCGCAGGGCCCUGCAGUGGGCUCGCUACAUGCGCCACGUCUACAGGCGCUUUGGCCGUCAUGCCGGCAUCCGCCGGGCCCUGGAGCGGCGGCUGCAAGACCAGUGGAGGCGGGAGGACGGCUCUGGGGCCGCCACCUUCCCCGGGUUGACGAGCUUCCGGGCCUUGGGGCGCUGCGACCUCCUGCUGUCUCAGCGCCUCCUAGGGAACCGGGCCCUCGGGGAUGCCGCCUUUCGCUGCCUGCUGCAGCAGCUCUGCCCCGGCCCCGGCGACCGGGACGCCAAGGAGGAGACUCUCCAAAACCGCCUGGCCCUCCUCGCCCGCCGCCGGGCCGCCGUCCACCUGCUGCGCUCCAGCGGUUUCGGAGAGAACUCGGCCGCUCAGGAGGACCCACUGAUCAAGACUCAGGCCGAGCUGCUGCUGCGGCGUCUGCAGGAGGUGGGCGAGGCCGCAGCGGAGGGCCCCCGCAGAUUGCUCAGCGGCCUGUGGGAGCGCUUGCCCCAGAACAACUUCCUGGGGGUGAUAGCGGCCGCACUGUUGCUGCCUUCGUCGCCCCUCCGACCCCCCCAAAAGGAGUUGGAACUGAAUAGCCCCAAAACCCCGGGAGAGGAGGGGCGUCACGAGCUGGUUCAGUGGCUUCUGGGGAAGUCAGACACCAUGGCUGCUUUUUGCCACAGCCUCCCAGCCGGGCUUUUAACUUCGGUGGUGGGUCGCCAUCCAGAGCUUUUCCCGGCCUACCUGGGUCAGCUGACGGACUGGGGUCGACAGCUGCACUACGAUCUUCAGAAGGGCAUUUGGGUUGGAGCUGAGGCCCGAGAUGGGCCCUGGGAGGAGUUGUUCAGCAGGUUGCAAAGCCUUUGUCAGGCCCCUUCGCCUCUGAAAGACGAAGUUCUGCGUGCCCUGGAGACUUGCAAGGCACAGGAUGGAGGUUUUGAAGUCCCUGGCCUUAGCAUCUGGACAGACCUGCUGUUAGCUCUUGGGAGUGGUGCAUGAUGUUGCAUUUGGGAAAAGACAAGUUCUACGUCUCGGCCCAAGCCCAGUUCUAUGUGGGCAACAUUCUCUAUUGAUUAAAUAUAUGGCUUACAAAAUUAAAAUUUCAGUGUUGCCACCAAA